AUGGCGCUCUGGGUUGAUAAGUAUAGGCCAAAAUCAUUGGAAACGCUGUCGCACAGCGCAGCUCUAACGAGUCAGCUGGAAUCGUUGACAAUGGCAGCAGAAGAUUUGCCUCAUAUACUUUUUUAUGGUACGAAUGGUGGCGGUAAAAAGACUAGAUGUAUGGCAUUACUAGCUGGUAUAUUUGGACAAGGGGUGUUUAAGUUAAAGAUUGAUGUUCGGCAGUUUGUUACACCGUCAAAUAAGAAGCUGGAGUUGAAUGUUGUCAGUAGUCCGUAUCACUUGGAGGUAACUCCUAGUGAUAUGGGAAACAAUGACCGUAUUGUUGUGCAAGAAUUAUUGAAGGAGAUAGCUCAGAUGGAGCAUGUUGAUUUUCAAUCUAACGGAGAGGGUUUGUCUCGCCGUUAUAAGGUAGUUGUGAUUAAUGAGGCGGAAUCCUUGACGCGUGACGCUCAGGCAGCAUUGAGGCGUACUAUGGAAAAGUAUUCCAGGAAUAUUAGGAUUAUUAUGAUAUGUGAGACGAUGUCUAACAUAAUAGCGCCUAUAAAGUCGCGUUGUAUGCUUGUCCGUGUUCCCGCGCCAUUGCUGAGUGAAACGGUCCGGAUUAUGGAGAACAUCUGCUCGGUGGAAAAUGUAGAGGCGAAUGAAAACAAGCUUUAUGAGAUCGCUAAUUUUGCUAACGGUAAUCUUAGAGUGGCAUUGCUAACCUUUGAGUCGAUUUGCUUACAAAAUGACUUGAAGUUGACGGAAUCUACUGCGUUGAUCAAUCCGGACUGGAUGGUCGUUGUGCAGAAACUAGCUGCAAUGAUGAUGCGAGAACGCAAUGUGGCAUACUUGGUGGAAUGCAGGGCAACUCUGUACGAUCUACUUUCGCACUGUAUCCCUGCAAGUAUUAUUUUGCAUGAAAUGGCAUUUGCGUUGUUAAAAAACGUCCAUUCAGAUCACUUGAAGUUGCUGGUGAUCCAUUGGGCAAGUAUAUGCGAUGAGCGCUUAGCUUUGGGAAAUAAGGCUAUUUAUCACCUAGAGGGAUUCCUGGGUAGAAUUAUGUACGAAAUCGAGACCAGUUUGCUGAUGAAAUAG